AUGAAUUGGAAUAACAUGAAGAAGUCAACUAAGGGUCUCAAAUAUGCAAUGAAUGAAUCAAUGAUAAACGAAUACUUAAAUAAUUACACUUUUACUACUCUAUAUAAAAAGCCUUAUCUUAGGAAAAUGACAUUAAAGGCUUUGAGAUAUUACUAUGGCAAAAAAUAUGAAACUUAUCUCAAGGAAUGUAAUUAUGAAGAAAUCAGUUGUCCGAGUAUUGUUUUAAUAGAUGAUAGAAUUAAAAAGCUAUAGUCAGAUUAGAAGCAAAAAUAUAUAGAGGACAUGAAAAAGACGAAAAUUGUAAGUAGAGGAAACAGACGGUAAUGGUCCUUAAACGACGAUUUAUAUGACUGCUAUAAGCCGUUAGAUACAUCAGAAAUUUGUAGUGAUGUUCUUAAGAGAUUAAAUAUUGAGAUGUCAAAAGGCAAAAGAAUAUUUAGUUAUGUUAAGAAGUUGUUUAUUCCUAUCUCUCAUAUUAUCGAGUUUCGAGAAUUUUGGGAAGAUGCAGAUAAAGAUGAAAAAAAAGAGUUAAGAAAAAGUGAUGAAUAUCCAAGAAACCUAGAACUAUCUUGUGAAGGAUUAUGA